AUGCCAAUGGCCAAGAUAGAGCCCCUCCCAGACGACAGCGGACCGUUGACAAGGUCAACCGCUCAGGAAAUGAAGGAUGACUGGGAGGACCAACACUUGGUUCGAGCCCGAGCCACGACCAGGGAACCUCCCCGACCUCGUUCACUUCGUCAACGAGUCGCGCACGGCGUUUGUGGAAGAGAGUGUGGACCCAUCUCAUCUUUCUCCAGUGGGUGUCGUAGCCGGACCAUGUGCUCUUGGUCACAGCAGCUUCUGCCUCACACCGCCGACCUUGUCAAGCUCGCGCGGGGCCCCCACACCGAGCAGCUUCCGGACAGCUUUCUGCCCGUGUACACGACAGAUGACCCGGCGCAGUCUGCAGUCAAGGACGAGCAGACAAUGGGCUCCAAAGAGCUCAAGCUCUACAUGAGACAGUCCAAGGUCUCAGUCAAGGUUUACCGGCGCGUCCUUGCAGCGUAUGAGAGGCGACACCCAGUGUCAGUGGGCUGGCCCUUUUGGCUCAACUCGGCCAGGGGUGGCUUCCAUCAUGUCCCAGACAAGAGCACCUUCCCUGCCCCUAACCCAAUCACGACACUGCCCACCAACGUGUCGUCUGCUCAACUGAACCAUCAAGUUGAGAAGCUCGUCCGGUGCCCGUACGAGAUUUGGUGCAAGGUGUCAAAAUCGUCGCCCAGCUUCCAUCCUUCGGCCAUUGACACGGCGGUGGAACAUAUCAUGAUCCGACGCAGUUGGCACAGUGUACCCUACGCACUGUGGCUAGACGUCCCCAAGACAUUACCCCUCAGUAGGCGUACGGUCGCAUCCCAAACUGUGGCUAUAGAGGUGACAGAUCCGGCCCAGGCCCGACAUUUGACAAUGCCUCCCAGCAUCACACUCAUGGCAGCACUCGGCCACCAACAAGAGUCGGCCCAUGGUCAUAAACGGCCCUAUGCUUGA